AUGAUAUCCUUAAACACUUCAAGAAUUGUCAUUUUAAUUGGUUACAUAAAUAAUGUCUUUGCAAAGAUGGAUUAUCUUGGUAGAGAUGAAAAUGGAACAUAUAAUGCAAUUACAAAAGCAUGGCAAAAACCUAUCUACAAUAUGAGUGUUAGAUUUUACUUUUAUUCUGUAAAAAAUUCAAAAGAUAUCUAUAGUAAGGGUGAUAAACCUAUUUUAGAAGAGAUUGGACCAUACUAUUUUGAUGAAAGACAAGAAAAAAUGAAUAUUAAAUUUUUAGAAAAUGAUACUAAAAUUGAGUAUGAAAAUCAUAGAUUUUAUUAUUUUAAUGAAAGUUUAUCAUGUAAAUCUUGUUCACUAGAUGACUAUGUUGUAAUUCCAAGUGUAGUUUUUCAAAAAAUAGCACAAUAUUCAAAUCAUUUUUUCUUAAGAAAUGCCAUUGAUGUAUUUUUAAAAACUGAACAUAUUUCACCAUUUAUUAAUAUUACCGUUAGAGAAGCAUUAUUUGAAGGAUAUAAAGAUCCUAUUUUAAGAUUAAUUUGUUCUCAACCAUUAUUAUCACAAAUAUGUGAUGUUUUUAAAAUUGAUCAAAAAAUUGGUUUCUUUUAUAAUAAAAAUGGAACUUCUGAUGGUGUAUAUACAAUUGAUACUGGAUUAAAAGAUAGAAGUAAAUUAAGUCAUAUUUAUGGUUGGAAUGGAAUGUAUGGAAAAUUAGAUACAACUUACUGGUAUGGAGAGGAAGCAAGAAUUAUCCGUGAAACUGAUGGACAGAUGUAUCCUCCAAAUAUUGAUUCAUCAAAACCUAUUAUAAUAUUUGCUGGCCAGGCUUGUAGAAGUAUAGUAUUUGAUUUUGAAAAAAAAAAUAAUUUUGAAGGUGUCAAAAGUUAUAUGUAUACUUCUUCAAAAUCUAUGUCAAAUAUGCAAGAAGAAAAAAGAAAAGGUUUUUGUGAUCCUUCAACUCCUAGAUAUUUUAAUAAUACAGAUAUUCAAAUUGAAGGUUGUCAUCCAAAUGGGUUAAUAGAUGCUUCUGUUUGCGUUCCAGAUGCUCCAAAAAUAUAUAUUUCACCUCCUCACUUUACUUCAUGUCCUCCAGAAAUGAGUGAUAAAUUUACUGGCAUAAGUAAUGAUACAAAUGAUGAUGUAACUUAUCUUGAAAUUGAACCUGACACCGGAGUUACAAUUCAUGUUGAAUCUAGAUCUCAAAUUAAUCUUGGAAUGUUAAAUAAAAUAUUUCAAGUAACAUCAAAACAAGAUAAUCUUAUUUUCCCUAUUUUUUAUAUGAAGGAGUCAAUUUCAAUGGACUCACAAACCAGAGAAGAAUUGAUGCAUGGAAUUUCAUUCUUUAAUUCUAUUGCAAUUAUUAUUGGAAUUUGUUGUUUAUUUGCUUCAUGUGUUGUAUUGUCCUUCGGACUUUGGUCUUACUACAAAAAUAAGAGUUACUACGAUUCCACUUCUGAAAAUAGUAAUCUAGUCGAAAAUGAAGAAACGGAAACUGAUAAUCCAAUUAUAUAA